AUGGUCAAAGUUUUUUUUUUAAUUGAAAGAAAGGAAGGGGAUCAGGAGGAGAUUGAGGAGAAGGAGUAUACGUCCGAAUCUGAUGAAUCAGAGAUGACGGAUGAUGAAGAAGAAGAAGUGGACGAAUUCUUCCUGGCUAAUUAUUCGCCGAGGUAUUUGGAAUCGAGGCUCUUCGAUUCCAUCAUGUACGAUAAAAAGGAUAUGUUGGUGAUGACGUUGAAGGUCCUUAAACGUGUUUAUAAAGGAUUUGCGCUGAGAAUUUGUUAUGAUCCUUUCAGUCUGAUAUUUACUUUUGACUCUGUAAAUUGUUUGAAACCUGUGCUGAAUGGAGAAACCACUAGAUAUUUGGAAUUCAAUGGUGUCAAUGCUGUUCCAUUGGUGGACAGCAAUGAACGCCUAGUUCCUAUAUUGCAUAAGGCAGCUGGCUACGGAGCCUUUGAGAUCACGAAAUUGUGUCUCCCAGGAAAUGAGGAACAACUCAACCUCAGAGUCCAUAUCGAUCAAGAUCUUGUUGGCAUGAAAGGUGUCCUGCCCCUGAAUUUAGCUCUCGAAAACUUGACAUGUUCCAAGACAUGGAGAUCAGACUCUAUUCCGAUGGAACCGCAGCUGCUCCUUCACAAGUUGAUUUUUCAUUGUAAUCGAUUUAAGUCCACUUCCAAGGCUGAACUUGUGAGACUGCUGGCGGUUAAAACUGUUGAAACUGAACAAGAAUUUUUCGAUUACUUGAAAGAGCCAAGACUGCGUGAAUUGACUUUCUUAUUGAUUUUUGUCGUAGAAGACAUGGCUGGCAAUGCGAAAUCUACUUUUGACAACGUUGUUGACAGUGACGAGGACACCCAAAAGAAGAAGAAGGUGGAGAUGGAAGCAAUAGAGUUGUUGCUUGAAUUAUUUGACAGAGUCGGUGAUAAAAUUGAAGCUUGCUUACGGCAAACUGAUUAUUAUGAAGGUGCUUCAAAGCUUGAUUUGAUUAGACAACUUUCUCGGCUCCUGAAGGAGGCAGGGUUUGAUGCAGGGCUUGAAUUAGAUGAGAUAGAAAGGGAAGGAAUUAUUAUUUUUAAUAAAGAUAUUCCUGAGAGUCACAGACUCGUCGAGGAAUCCAAUAUUGAGUCCAAGCAACUCUCAACUCAUGACUGGUUGGUCGAUAAGCAAGAUUCGGUGUCGGUGGCAUCAUUGAACUACAAACCAAUUCGCAAUUUUUCUUCACUUGGAUUAUCUUGUACGCAUCAUUUUGUGAGCGGAUGCCGGUGUUUUGGUUCUACAACAGUGGCUGAUAAAGUGAAGGGUGGGCUGUUGAAGCCGCAAUUGAAGAAACAAUAUCAGGAUUCCAAUGUGCGUAGUUGGGCAUCAUCUUUGCAGUUCAUCAGAGAAUGUGCUUUAUCGGCAAAUUCCAGCCGGCGGAUCCUUUGGAUUGCUAAUAAGCUUGGCCGUGCGCUUUGA